UCCUUCGGAAAGGAAGAAGAAGUAGAAAAGGAAACACAUUGGAUAACCUUGUUUAGAACUACAAGAGGACUUGAAGUGGUAACGUCGUCGACUUUGAGAUAUGUUGGUGUUGUACAUUUGUUGCAUUUUGACGUAUAUAUUUAGGCCAACUGCAGCAAAAGAAGUAAGACUGGAAGUGUCGGUGUUGUGUAGAGAUCUGUUUUCCCUGAUAUGUCGUCGUGCCCACCCAACCCCACAUAGAAGAAGAAGAAAAUAUCAUUUCUAUAACGCCUCUCAAGAUAAAAAUCACGAGGCGCUUAAAGCAAAUUAAACGCAUCCGAACGGCUGACUGUCACAUUAAAAGUAAUUUCCCCAGGGUUGAAUAGGGAAAUAGUACUAUACACCUGACAGAAACAUCAGGCUUGUUUCCUCAGGGCUCGGGAUCACACGUGACCACGCGUGUCAUUCUGGGAUGUCUACAGACAUGUUGAUGGCGUUAAGUGUGUAAAGGUGUAAACAAACCAUGAAAACAAACACUAUGUCGCAGAGAAGACGCAGAUUUGGGACAAAGGAAGUGUUAAACAACAGGGAUACACAGUUGUGUGUACACUCACAGGGAAACUGUAAAUCACUGCCUUCAAUAAUUCAUUGCAAUCAGUUUCUGAUCAACGUGCCUGCUUCUGAGUACUUAGAUUGCUUUAAGUCUGCUUUAAUUGCUCAUACAUAAUGUAUAUGAGAACAGUCCUUUCUCUUUAUGUCUGACUUAUGUUUUUAUAUUUUUAUCUUGUUUGUUUUUAUCUUUUCUGUUGUUCUUUGGUUGAAAGCAAAUUAUGUCUGUUGCUGCUGCCUCUUGGCCAGAUCGUCGUAAAUGAGAAUGAGUUCUCAUUAAAGGUUAAAUAAAUUAAAUAAAGAUGUUGGGAACCGGUACGUGGACAAAAGAAGCCUUGUAAAUGGUUUGGAUCCAUUUGAAAGACUCAAGACUGGAGCACCGAAGACAAUGUUUUAUUUGUUGGUUUUUUGGUAAAUGGGAGCCCAUGAGGACCAAACACAUUUACUGAUUUGUAACAAACGAUUACAAAACUUUCGCCAUUCAUAAAUGUAGUUUUACACAUUUACCUCUUCACUCAUUGCCAGUGGUGAAAGGGAGUCGUUUUUCUGGAGGUUGUACUCCCGUGGAUUUUUGACCCUAAUGGCCAUCAGUUGGUAAGGUCAAACACAAAAAUAUGGCUUGCUUGCUUGCAUCGCCAGAUAAAAUACAUAUGGUCACUUUAAGUGAUUUUUUUCUGGUCAGGUCGAAUUAGGUCUGCAUUUAUUGUGAUGCAGUGUAUUACAAAAAUGGGUUAGACGCCCACUUUUACUCUGAAAUAAAUUCUUGUUUUUCUGUUUCAGCUGUGAUGCGAGCUCCUCUGCGCUGGGUGUUGUGGGACAUUAAGGACACCCUGAUGACUGUGCGUGGGUCUGUGGGGGAGCAGUACGCUAAGGAGGCAGAAAGGCUGGGCCUGAGCCUCAGUCCUGCAGAGGUCAACGCUGCUUUCUCGCAGGUUUAUCGACGUUACAACAGCGCAUAUCCAAACUAUGGCGUCUCUCGGGGUCUGAAUGGACAAAAUUGGUGGGUGACAGUGGUGAAGGAGACUCUGUCGCUGUGCAGGGUGCAGGAUCCAGUCCUGUUAAAUACCGUGGCCAACAAUGUUUAUCGUAACUUUAACAGCGCAGAAAACUGGGAGGUCUAUUCAGACUCCAAGCAGGCCCUACAGAGCUGUUCCUCUUUUGGACUGGAGCUGGGUGUGGUCUCUAACUUCGACAUCCGUCUUGAAGAGGUCUUACGGAGCUGCGGGCUGCUGUCGCACUUUAGCUUUCUAGUCUCAUCAGAAGAAGCCGGUGUAGCCAAGCCCAACCCAGCCAUCUUUGCUCAGGCGCUGCAGAAAUGUGGAACAGCUGCUGAAGGUGUGGCUCACGUCGGAGACCAAUAUGUAAACGAUUACCUGGCUGCUCGCUCGGUGGGCAUCCACGGGUUCCUUUUGGAUCGACACAAUAAACACAAGGACUCUGAUGUUCCUCCAGACCAGCGGAUCAGCUCGUUGGAAGAGCUACCGUCACGUCUUCAGCAGCUUAUGGCCUAAGAGCCAAAGUUCAAUAAUCUUUAGAGGGUCGCGGGGGCUGGUGCCUAUCUCUAGCAGUCGUCGGGCAGACAGGCGGGGUACACCCUGGACAGGUUACCAAUCCAUCGCAGGGCAACACAGACACACACACACACCUAAGGACAGUUUUAGACAGACCAAUCAACCUGACUCAAGGUGAGGCAUCCUUCCAGUUUUAUGACCCUCGGCUCUGGAACAAUUCGCCAGAGAAGCUCAAGGCUGCAGAGAACGUUAAUGUUUUCAAGGCCAGGCUCAAGACUCAUCUUUUUUAGCAUAGCUUUUAGCUCACCCCCCCCCCCCCCCCCCCCCCCCCCACACACACACAGGUCUACUGCCCUCUAGUGGAGGAUCUACAGUUGACAAGACCCAACAAAAUUUCUAAAUCAGUAAUGUUAGUAAAACAGAUUAUUAUAUAUUUGUUACAUUUGACGUUCAGUUUUAAAAACUAGAUUUUAAUUGGCUUCUAUUGUAAUUUUUAAUCCUGCUUGAUCAGACUGUACUGUCUGUACCUUUAAUUGUAAUUAGAUCAUUUCUAUUUCAUCAACAUUUGUGCAAUUUGUAAUUCAGACUGGUGUUUUGUCUGUAAUUUGCUCUUUUGUUUUUUGCUCUUUUGUUUUUUGAUAGAUUCAUCUUGGAGGAACUUUCUAGUCAAGUUGACAAAUUGUUUCUACAAACUCACCUAAAGCGAUUCCUUUUUCCAGAUGAACAGGACAAGUUUAACUAACGUUAACUGCAGGACAUAACCCAUUUAUUAAAAAUGACAUUAUCUUUGUGAAAU